UAACCCAGGCUGGGUUGCAACAUUUCUUCAUCCACUUCGUUCGCAGUUCUUCUGCAUUUAGAAGCAUCCAAGAUGGGGCCGAACAGAACCAGAAUGCUGAGGACUCUUCUCCUUGCCACUUUCUUUCACCUCACAGUGGGCAACAGCGUUUUUCUUGAGCAAAAGGAAGCUCUUUCAUUGCUGAAGCGCACACCACGAGCUAACAAGGGGUUCAUGGAGGAGAUACUUAAAGGUAAUCUAGAGCGGGAGUGUCUAGAGGAAACCUGUGUCUAUGAGGAGGCCCGUGAAGCCCUUGAGUCCAACAUCCACACAGAUCAAUUCUGGGCACAGUAUUCAGUUUGUAACACUCUAUUGGAAAAGAGAGCAACUCUGGAUGAGUGUUUGAAAGGUUCCUGUGUCCUAGGAACAGGGCAGAAUUACAGGGGAAAGAUUUCGGUCACCAAGUCAGGAACUGAAUGUCAGUUCUGGUCCAGCAAAUUUCCUCACAAACCUCAGUUCAAUGAAACAACCCAUCCAGGUACCAAUCUCAUUGAAAACUACUGUAGGAACCCUGACAACAACCCCCAAGGGCCUUGGUGUUACACCCGUAAUCCAGUAGUACGAAGAGAAGAAUGUGCUAUUCCUGUGUGUGGUGAGUCUCAGUGCUGGUACAAAAGGUUCCAUAGCCUAUUGUUAUCAGGAUAUAAAGGCCGUGUUACUGGUUGGGGGAAUCUGUUUGACACCUGGGGUGCAGGGACGCGACAACUGCCCAGUGUGCUGCAGGAGGUGAAUCUCCCCAUUGUGAACAGGGACAUCUGUAAGGCAUCCACUAAUAUUAAAGUCACAGACAACAUGUUCUGUGCAGGUUAUAGUCCAGAAGAUAGCAAGAGAGGAGAUGCUUGUGAGGGUGACAGUGGGGGCCCUUUUGUCAUGAAGGUAAGUUUCUAUGCGUAACUACAAAACAUAAAUGG